UUUCCGUUAAGCCUAUACGGUCACUCCCAACCAUUAGUAAUCCUUCUCGCUGGCAAAACAAAUGUUUAUUUCGUAGUUCAUUAAGAUGACAGAUUUCCAAUGGCCCUGGGAGUACACCUUCCCCCCCUUCUUCACUUUACAGCCCCACGAAGAAACCAGACUCCAGCAGCUGAAGGUCUGGACAGAUCUCUUUCUAAAAUACCUCAGGCACACGAACAGGUUUACGCUGAGCAUCGGAGACCAGACGUCUCCGCUGUUCCACAACGAAUCCCUGAAGCGCCGCCUCUCGCCGGAGCUCAUCCUGGCGAUCCUGGCCGAACUGGAGCGGACUGGCCAUGCGAAUCCGCUGGACAAGCGCCGCCAGGAGUGGCAGGUGUACUGGCACACACUCGAGGAGUACGGCAACAUGGUCUACGAUUGGGUGCAGGAAACGGGCCAGACGAACAGCAUCUGCACGCUCUACGAGAUCGCCUCCGGGGAGAACACCGCCCAACAGGACUUCCACGGCGUGGACGAGGCGGUGCUGCUUAGUGCCCUCCGAUUGCUGGAGGAGAAGGGAAGGUGCGAGCUGAUCGAGAUGGACGGCAGCCACGGCGUUAAGUUCUUCUAAAUGUCCAUAGCGCUUUGUUAACUAUGUAUCAAUCGAUGCGAAUUGUGUUUCCGUAUAUUAAAAACUAAUCGAAUGUAAAAAUA